UCGUCUAAACGGAAUCAAGAACGAAAUAGGCAAUACAACUUUAUUCGUGAAAUGAACAAGAAUUUGUUGCCGUUCAAGUUCUGCCUGAUGGUCACAAUAAUGGCCCAUUGCCAAAAUAUUUUCAUCCCUGCAAAAUUAAUAGGAAAAGUUUAUUCAAAAGAUGUUUGUCCUGGAUUCUUGCAAAACGACCCUACAAUACCUUGUUGGGUUUUGAGUGGCAAAUGCUAUUGUUUUUCUACCGCAAAACGCCUUGAUUGGUCCAAUGCGGAUACAUUCUGCAGAGAAGAAAACAUGAACCUUCUUACUAUUGAAAAUUCCGAAGAAAAUCAGCUUAUCUACAAUCAAGUCAAAUCACUAUCACAAAUUCCCAGCGCUGAUUACUAUUGGACUUCGGGGAAAUAUUCAAACAAUCGAUGGGAAUGGUCGUCUACUGAACCGAUGGAUUACACGAAUUGGUAUUGGGGAGAACCAUCUAACAUCCAAAUUGGAAGCUUUGCCUUCAUCAAUUUCAAUUUUGACGACACUGGAUAUUGGUUCGAUGAAAUUGGAUCUAGCACUUAUAUCCUUUUCAUUUGCGAAUCCAUCGAUGAGGGCACAGCAGAGACAACAACUGAUGCAACCACGACUUUAUUAUCGUCGACUACCAAGGAUACUCUACCUACUACUGUUCAGAGAUCGACGACACUAACAACAGCCGAAACAGAAUAUACAACAUCACGAACUACACCUGGCUCAUAUGAUGGUUGCCUGCCAUUUGAAGAAUGGGGAAUGAUGUGUAAUUACUGGAACGAGACAUGCUAUUGUUUCACAGGGGCUUUCCUAUGGACGGAGGGUGAAGCGUUUUGCAAGAGCAAAAAUAUGACUCUUAUGGCUGUUGAAACAGAAGAGGAAGAUAGGAUGAUCUACCAAAACUGUAAAGGUCAUUGUCCCACUUACUUUUGGACUGCUGGAAGAUACUCCCCACUUAAUAAUCGCUGGGAAUGGGCAACCACCGAACCCUUUCCUCCUAUGAACCACACCAAUUUUUGUCAGGGUUACGGAGGAUCUCAUAGCGAACCUUAUUGUACAAUUUUUGAUCAACAGCAGAAUUAUGACACUGGGUAUUGGCGGACUCUUCCCUGCGACAUAACCAACUCACAUAACCCCGUGGCUUGUGAAAAAUAGAACAUAAAUAUGUUGAAACUUUAACGAACUUUAAAUAGAAUAGUUGAAUUACUCCUCUAGUAUUAUCUUCAUUUGAAAAAGCUUGAUUGCUGCAGUAAAACAUUAACUAGAAAAUGUUGUAAGAAAAUACAAACUCCGAGGUAGCACUGUA